AAAAAAAACACUGUAAUUUCGAUCCAUAUAAUGUUAAUAUUAUUUUAUUGUUUACUUCUUCCGGUUAUGUGGUGGAAAUGUCACCUGAGUUUCUUUGAAACCCACUUCGCUAAGUUAUCUUCCUUCCUUCUCCAAAAUCUGUUCACUGUAUGUAUAUGUAUAAGAAUCAUUAUAGCGUUAAACCCUUGAAGAAUACCCAAAACCAAACCAGCAACAAUGUCCUCCAAGUGUUUGUUUCCUGUUCUAGUAAUGGCUCUGUUUUUGUCUUAUAACAUCUCCACCUCCGUAGCUGGUUUCUCCUCCGGUAGGUCCGGUGGGAGAAUGGGUGGCUCUUCAUUUGAUCCUCCUCCUCCUUCGUCCUCUAAACUUUCGAGCCCUACUUCUUCGCGUGGUUUAGAUGAUGCAGAAGAUUCUUCUUAUUCAAUUUUGUUUUCUGGGUAUUAUAGUAAUGAGCCUCGAAGAAGAGGUUCUACAAUUUCACCACCAUCAUCACACUUCCAUAAUUACCAUUACUCGCCGCCUGUUUCAAAGGAAACGACUCGUCGUUUUGAUCCCUCAAGCUCUACUGUGCCAGAGGAAGCGAACGAGAAUGAUACUGAGACUGAGACUGAGAAUGAGAAUAAAAAGAGUGGUUCUUAUAGCGGUUUUCUGAUAUUUUUGGGUACUGUAAUAUUGGCAAUUGGGGGAUUUCUCUAUUUGACUGAACCCUGGUAUGGAGCAAGUGUUCUAAUAGUUCAGAUUGGGUUAUCUGGAAAGGCUAAAUUGCUUCUAGAAGAUCUUAAUCGAAUUGCGGAAAGUGCUGAUACAUCUGGUGUUAAGGGUUUUCACCAUGUUCUGCAAGAAACCGUGUCAGUGCUGCUCCAACACCGUGAUUACUGGAUCUCUGGUUUUACAUAUGUGGAUAAAAAGAACAGUGUCACAGCAAGUGAAAAGAGCUUUAACCAACAUUCGUUGGAAGAGCGAAGGAAGGUAGACAUUGAGUCACUUGUCAAUUUCAAUGGUGAGCUAAAGAGAAUAUCCACACAAAAGGGGAACAAACUUGAAAAGAACUACAUAGUGGUAGUCUUCUUUCCUGGAAUCUCCAUCUACAUUAUUUCUUUGUGUGCUAAGUCAAGCUUACAAACAUCUAUGGACUACUGGUGUCCAACAUCACACAAGGUUACAAUUCUUCUUGCCAUUCGAGGUGUGCAGAACCUUCCUUCCAUUAAAACUGCUGAGAACUUGAAAACAUCCCUGGAAUCUCUGAAGUUCGUCUCUCUCGUUGACACGAUGGCCGUGGAGGUACUCUGGACUCCACAAGACGGGAAAGAUAUGCUAUCAGAAGAUGACCUGCUUGAAAAUUACCAUCAUUUGAGGCCAAUAUGAUAUUAUACUAAGGUGUGCUUUGAAUCUCUUGAGAGAUAUUCUUGUAAAUAUCAUUGAUUAUAGAAUUAGUUUCUCGGCGGUAUGGUUCUGACCAGGCUGACUGGUUUCAGCUCCUAGAAGCAAGUUUUGGAAAAAAGAACAUGCACAUUAUAAUAAAGAGAAAAUGAGUGCUUGUAUUUUAUUUUUUGUUUAUGUAACAAAAAGAACGAUCUUCUUAAGCUACAUUUUGAAAAUAGUUCUUCUAAGUUCA